CUCUUCCUUGUUGUUCCGCGUGUUGAUAAAUUGAUAAUUUGCUUUUGCGAUAGACAUAACUUAUAGAUGAUUUUAUUAGAUCCAUAGUCAGUCUUCGGUUGUGCUCAUCGAAAAGAAGAUAUCUCCGAUCCAAUUCCUUCAAGUCAUUAUGGAUUCGAAGGAUAACAGCAGUAAUGAAGUCAAUGGUUUCGAAGCCAUAGAUAUGCCCGACGCUCAUUUGAUGGCUUCGAAGAAAGAGUCGACUUCACUGGAAUCGGAGACAAAGGCUUUAUCCCAACAAGUUUAUCAGUUCACAACGGAACCGAUCGAUAAGCCACUGCCACGAAAUGCGGAUCUAUUUGAUCAUUUAUUCGCUAAAUUUGGAAAAUGGCAACUCAGAUCGAUUCUCUCCGUUUUUAUUUAUAAAAUUCCGGCCGCUUGGUUUAUGCACUGUAUCCUAUUUACUGCACCCGCACCUAGAUAUGGCGAAUACUUUUGUCAAGCACCUCAGAACUUAUCGAAUAUUGAUUUAUGGAUAGACAUGGCCCAUCCGUCUACUCCAGCAACAACGAAUCUUCAAGCGGGAAAACCGUUCACGAGAGACUUUUGUCACGUAUUUAGUGAUGCUAAUUACAGAGCUGUAGUGCAUACAAAGGACAAUGUUUCUUGGACGUACAAUAAUUUUACAGAUGAAGUUAUACCAUGUGAAUCACACACUCAUAUCGAUGAAUAUGAAUCCAUCGUAACGGAAUUCGACUUAGUUUGUUCACGUGAGAUACUCAUAGCUACAACACAAUUCUUACAUUUGGUAGGUGUUAGUUCGGGUGGUACUCUGGCUAUCAUACUAUUAAAUUAUGUUAGUCCUAAGAAAUUAGCACUUGGCGGAAUGUCGUGCAUGUUGCUGUUCGGUCCUUUAACCGGACUUGUAAAUCGAUAUGAACUUCACGUAAUCUUUAGACUACUAGCAGCCGCAUCAAUUGCUCAUAUGGUUCAAGCCGCAGCAACAAUUUCACAAGAUAUAACCGUUGGCAAAUAUCGCAUAUUAGUAACCGCACUUCACGAAAUAUUUUGGGGCGUUGGUGUUAUACUUUUACCGGGAUUAACUUUCUUCUUUUCGUCAUGGACUUACCUGUAUUUCGCAAUGACAUCACCAGCGUUGAUUUUACUUUUGCUUUAUAGGUAUGUGCCAGAUUCACCCAGAUGGCAUGCUGACCGUGGACACGUCAAUCGAGCUAUGAAAAUUAUUCAAAGAUUUAUCGAUGUAGAUCAAAAGCAUAACGAUCCUAGAAUUCCCGAUGACCUCUACGGUCGACUUCAGGAUCAUGCAAAUAAAAUGGAGAAAAAGGAUCCAGGACCGAGUCUUUGUGUUCAGUUUCGUGAACUGUGGAAAGGAACAUACAUUUGGAAAAGAAACUUGGCCUGCGUUCAUUUUGCCAUCGCAUGUUAUAUUGUUAGCUACUUUGGAAUGCUUCUGAAUGCCAAAUCGUUUGGACGAGAACGACUGCAAAUUAACACAAUGUUAAUGGGAGUCGCCGAGAUAUGUGGAGUAUUCAUUGGCACCUAUUUGAUUCUUAAUAAGGGUAGAUACAAGUGGAGAUACGUAGCAAUGUUCAACCUAGUUACGGUCGUCAUAUCAAUGUGUGCUUGGCUUGUACCUGCUACGGUUCCGGAAGCGCAACGGGUCUCAGCAUUAGUUUACAUUUCAUUCUUUCCGAAGACUGCCAUUUCUGCAGCAUUAACAAUGCUGGUAACUUGUAACACUGAGGUGGUAACGCCUGAUAAGAAAAAAAUUGCUGGACUUUCGGUUUCAUCGUGCAUGAGAAUAUUUCAAAUGUCAACUCCAUAUUGGGGCGCACUAUUAAUAUUCGGUCAACUCGUUCCACAAACGUGUUUCGCUGUAUUAUCAACACUUGGAGCAAUAGCAUGUCUACUAAUACGAGUACCUUGAUUGAUUAUUAGCGUUAUUUAUAGGAAAUAAUUUUAAUUGUUGAGGAAAUAAUCUGUUUUAUUGAUUAUGACUUUACUUAGAUUUGAUUGAUAAUACACGAUGCUUUAUAA